AUAGAAAUUUGUGUAAAAAAUUGAGAAAUUUAAAGGAAAAAUUUUAAAAAAUAUAUGUAAAAAGUAAUGAUUCUUUAAACUAUAUAAAGAAAAAGCAAGUUCUUUAUACAAGGGAGACCAAUUAUUGGGUUUACCUUAUAGAAGGAAUCAUUCCCUUAGGAAAGUUCCUAAAACUGUAUAGCUAACAUAGUGCCAAACAAUUUUUCCUAUAUUUCCUGUUGAAGACAAGCUGGUGUUUAAAUUUGUUUGCGGAAAAAGUGAAAUCUAUACUGUCAGAGAGAGGUAGUACCUUGCUUGCUGGUGGUUAGCGAUUGAUUGUAUCAACAACUUAACAUAGAGUAUUUUCAGUCAUAGAUUAUAUGUUUAUGUUGUUCAAGACCUAAAUUGCUACGUGAAAAUGGAGCAAUGUUCCUCAUCUUCAGGGAGAAAGCGCAACCGCAGAAGAAGAAGAAAAUCUUUUGGUACUACAUUAAAAACACGCUAUACUAAGGCCUGUUUAAUAAUGUCCAAAAUUAAAGAUAAUAAACUUAAAGGUACGCCUCAUGAAAAGGAUCAAAUGGAUCGUGAGAAAUGUGAACUUAUCAUUGAGGAAUACCUUAAGUUUCAAAGAACUCAAGCAGACCUCAAAAAGAAAGAAGAACUGACAAAGGUGGCCCAAGAGAAGAAGGGAAUAUGUUUAAAUAAGCAGAGUAAUGUGAAAAUUAAACAAACUAUUGUUAAGAAAGAAGAACCGACAAAAAUGACACCGGAAACUAGUUUAAAUCAGCCGAAUGAAGUGAAAAAGACAUUAGCUAUAACAAAAAAGGAAGAGCAGACAGAGAAGGCGCAGGAGAAGAGAGAAACAAGUUCAAAUCAACAGAAUGAAGUGAAAAAGACUUUGUGUGUAAUGAAAAAGGAAGAGCAGACAAAGAUGGCACUGGAAAGGAAGGAAACAAGUUUAAAUCAACAGAUUGAAGAGAAAAAGCCACAGGUCAACAUAAAAAAGAAGAAGCAGACAAUGAUGAUCUCUGACAACAAAGGAAUAAGUGUAAAUCAACAGCUUAAAAUGAAACCAAUACAAGCCAUAACAAAACAGCACCAUUUGCAGAUGUCAACCUAUAAAAUUAGUAAAAAUAAUCUUUGUAUGGCUUUGGUUAACGAAAAAGAAGGAAAACUACAACCCGUAAUGGUCUCCCAAUGGCCAAUGAUUGAAAAGCGAAUUAGUGAUAUACAAUUUAAAUAUAAUUUACACAAUAAAAACGCUCCUAUACCACGUUUCAAAUCGGGUGAAAUAUAUCGAGGCUACUAUUUGAUACAGUGUCAGGAUGAGUUCUCCAAAGAUUUUCUCUGCAAUUGUAUAGAACAAGUAAAAGAUGAAUUUCAGGGAUUAUGUUUAAAUGUAAUCGAAAUAUAUAAAAUACCAAAUGAUAGUCCAUUUACGGCAACUUUAGCGGUAUCUAAUGAAAUUCAAACAGCUCCUAAACGAUCAACUUCACCUCCGGUAUGGCGCAAAUUGUCACAAUCAACAUCGGCUGCUGAUAAACAUCGUUAUUAUCUUGGUUCUUUGGAACGUAUGAAAUUGUUUAAUGCAAAACGUAAAUUAAAUCAAAAUGAAAGAAGAAAUGAACGAAAAUGUCGUCGUGCCAUUAGGAAAUAUGAACAACGUAAUGGUUUGCCCCUUACACAACCUGUUAAUGGUGCCAAUGGAAGAUCACAAGAAAAUACUCAAGGUUUUCAAUUAUCUGUUAAUUAUUUUGAAACAGAUAACUUUGGUGAUCCUAGGCAAGAGUUUUGUCAAGGCAACUGGACUGAUGAGACAAAUAGGAAAUGCUUUCCUGAAGAAGAGCAAAAUACUCGAAAUUGGGGUGCUAAUAGUUCUUGGAACUCUGAAGAAAUGAAGCCUGAAAGUUAUACACAAAUGAUCGAUAAGUCUUCUUUAAAUAGAUCUAACUUUGGAAAUAACUAUGAAUCAGAAUUGGAAGUCGGUGGAAGGCCAGAAAGUACUUGGUAUAAUGGUGAUACGAAAACAGAGAGAUUGUUUGAAAGAAGACAAAAAUCUAGCCCUAAUAAUUGUUGGUACUUUGAGGAAUCUCCGACAAAAAGUUUCAAUGAAAAUAACUUUAAUCAGGAACCAAAUUUCCGUACAAAUCAAACGGCUAAUGGUUUGUGGAAUGAUUUUAAUCCAGAAUUUGAGAGCAGACAUGAUCUAAGAAGAAAAUCCUCUUUCGCUGGAAAUAAUCUGGAAACGGAGGAAACUUGGAGGCCAAACAAAUUGGCAAAUACUAAAUGGAACUAUGACAAUGAAACAGGAGAAGACAACGAAGCUCCUAAAAACCAAUUUAAACUAGAGUUUAACUCCUCUGCUGAAAGAUCUCAAUCGAUUAGGGAACCUUAUAAAUCACAUACUGAAACAAGGAACUAUGGCUAUGACCAAGCAGGAAAGAAUGCUUCUCCAAAUAGCCAAAUUAUGAGAACUCACUUUCAUCUAGAAACCCACAAUUACCCUCAACAUUUAGGCUCUCCUUCGCAGCCAAGUUCUAGCAGAAAUAUGAUGGCAAAAAGUAUUUGGAAUAACUCUGAAACAAAUGAAAGAUCUCCAUCAAUUAACAAACCUAAUAAAUCAAACGCUGAAGAGGAAUCAACUAAAAUCCUUUUGGAAAAACGUAUUUUUGAACUGUUAAAUGCUUUAAGUGGAGACAAUGUAGAAGAGGAACCCUUAAAGCUUCCAAUUACUCAAACUGAAUUAAAAAAUUCCACAGAACUUGCUUGUCAGACGUUGGGAAAACGUAAGACUGAUAUACCAUCAACAGAAGUGAUAAACCUAGACAGCGACCAAGAGGAGGAUGAAGAGAAGGAGGAGGAGGAGGAAAAAGCUGAAAAAGAAUAUUUUAAAGCCUUGGGAUUUCUAAAGAAACUACAAGGACGUCGUAAUCUCAAUUCUUUAACGGAACAAGAGCAAUUCUUUAAAGAAACCAGUGAAUUUAUAGUGAAACAAUAUCAAAAUAAAUUUGGUUCAAAACAGGAGACAACGGCAACUGAAAGCAAAGGCAAACGAACAAGAUGGAGCUCAUCAUCUCUUGAACAAGCAACCGAAAGUAACAGCUUAAUGCAAACUAAUAACUCGAUUAAUCCAGCUCUUUGGAAUCCAACAGCAACAUCACCAUAUCCCUCUAUUAAAACUCAACCAGAACUACAAAUUGCUAUAAUAGAUCGUCUUAAACCUGAUCUACGAAUCGCUCAACAUUUAUGGUCCGAAAUGGAAGAAAAUCUUAUUAAAGCUUUACACUAUGAAGUCGAAAAGACUAACAAUACCAAUAUCACCCAAUUCGAUGCUAUGCACUGGAAAUAUGGUGUUAAAGUGAUACAAUGUGAAAAUAUGGAAGCUUUAAAUUUCAUUAAACGUUUCAUCAUUAAACAAUCGCUACAGAAUCCCCAUCAACAAUACGAUGUUAUACCCAUUAAGGAGCUGCCCAAACGUUCUAUAGUUAAAGUUUGGAUACCGCCACCAAAUGCCGAAGAUAUGGCCAUUUUAAAAAUAAUAAAAGCACAAAAUCAUAGCUUAUACACCAGCUGUUGGACUCUAAUAAAUAGUCGUGAGAGAUCGCAUAGGAAUGGUAAAGAUUUGUAUAUAAGUAUUUCGGCUACAUCGGUGGAUAGGUUGAGAAAUUGUCGCGGGGAAAUACGUUAUGGUAUAAAUCGUUUGAAAAUGGAACUGCCAGAAGAGCAGAAUUUUAGAGCGGAACAAUAAGUUGUUCUCUCAGCAGGAGUUUUGAAACAAUGUAAAUACUUAGAAUAAAAAUCUUGAAGUUUUUUCCUAUAAAUAACUUGAAAAAAUGGCUCUGGAAUGUUUGUAUUCUUUUUUUACAAAUACACAAGAUUUAAUAUAAUCCUGUGAAAUAAAUAAAUAAUACUAUUAA